AUGGUCUCAAACAACAACAACAUCGACAACAACAACAACAACAAUAACAUCAAAUACAACUACAAUCACAUCAACACAAGCGACGACAACAACAACAACAACAAUGCUAAAAUUGAUGAAGAGGAUAGCAACAACAACGUUAAUAAAAAUCAUCAACAAAACAACAAAUACAACGUCAACAACAUCAACAAAUACCACUAUAACAUUAACAACAAUCGCAACAACAUCCACAACAAUCACAACAACAACAACAUCCACAUCAACAACAUCCACAACAACAAAAACAACAACAACAACAACAACAACAACAACAACGUCCACAUCAACAACAACAACAACAAAUCGACAAAAGUGUUCAACUUGAACCAACUGCACUCCUCCUCUCUAAGGUGCAUAGUGAUCGGGGGCUAUCCACCGCCCCAUGUUGAUAUCUUUCUCAAUGACCUUGAUAUCACCAAACAGUUCAACUACAAAGCCACUUGUCUAAAAGUUUGA